AGAAUAUCAACACAAUGGAUGUAACAGUACAAUUAAGCAAUAAAUCCAUCGCCGUCCCGCACCCAUAUUAUCCGCAGACGAUUCACCUGCCUCAUUAUGUGCGGAAUGAGACCGCGGUGUUCUCCUUGAUUGCCCAGUUUGGCUUUCUAUGGGCGGCUGUCGUGGGAAUCGCUUUUGUUGCUAUACGCCGUAUUCGACCAACCGCUAGUCGAUCGGAUCAGAUUGCUUUUACCUGGAUGUGUUUGACGGGAUUUAUCCAUUUAUUCUUCGAAGCAUACUUCGUCGUCAACCAUGAAACCCUCGCUAGCUCCCAAGGGCUAUUCGGUCAGCUGUGGAAGGAGUAUUCGCUAUCUGAUUCGCGGUAUUUAACGUCCGAUGCCUUUGUGAUUUGUAUGGAGGCCAUCACUGCUUUUGCCUGGGGCUUCCUCGCCUUCUACAUCGCCUAUUGCAUCGCAGUGGAGCACCCCGCUCGAUACGCCCUACAGCUUAUUAUCUCCGUGGGCCAGGUGUACGGAGAUGUUCUGUACUAUGCGACCAGUCUGCUUGAUGUAUCGUAUUGUAGGCCGGAGGGGUACUACUUCUGGUUUUACUACUUUUUCUUUAAUUUUAUCUGGAUGGUUGUUGGGUGUUACUAUAUCAAGCAAAGUGUCGUGGAGAUUUCGAGGGUUUUCAGAAAAGUCGCGGAGGGUGAUGCUUUGCGGAAGGGGAAAUAGGCCGAUGCCUGGGAUAUGGUACAUACUGAUGUAUAGUGACGAAGAUUGUGGGGUGGCUAGAGGGACAUGAUUGUGGGGACCAUGUCGGACCCUGGGAAGCCAGUGCCAUUCGACAUCCAGCUCUGUACCAUCCUCUGACUGCCUGAGCGGCUUCAGGGUGAAAUAUCCGGCGGUUCACAAGACAUAGAGAUUCAGAUUCAGGCACAGAAAGUUAUUACAGCGCUCAGAGUCCCGGGACAAAAUGGUCUUCCACUCUCGCACCAAAGUAUCACCGUAGAAUAUGUUCAGCAAUUCCCAAUAAUCCGGAAUAGCCGGUCGCAAAUAGCCUGCCCGCUCCUCAUUGAGAAGUAAUGGGGGAACAAUAUGACAGGUUCGAAAAAACGGCACCCUCAAGACUACGCAUCC